AAGUGAAAGUGACCCGGAAACUGCCACACAGCAGCUGCCACCAUGGCCUUCGCGAACCCGCUGGAGAAGCUGCAAGAGGAGGCAAUUUGCUCCAUCUGCCCGGAGUACAUGAGUGACCCCGUGAGCAUAGACUGCGGGCACAACUUCUGCAGGGCAUGCAUCGCCACCUACUGCCAGGGCAAGGGGCUCGGGGCCAGCGGGCCCGUGUCCUGCCCUCAGUGCCGGGCGGCCUUUCACAAGGGCAACGUCAGGCCCAACAGGCAGCUGGCCAAUAUUGUGGAGACCAUCAAGCAGUUGGGGCUGCCGCCGGCCAAGGGGCAGCCAGAGGCGCUCUGCAGGAAACACGAGGAGAAGCUCAAGCUCUUCUGCGAAGAGGACGGGGAGGCCAUCUGUGUGGUGUGUCGAGAGUCCCUGGAACACCGGCCUCACACCGUCUACCCCAUUGAGGAGGCGGCCCAGGCGUACAAGAUCAAACUCCAGAAAUCCCUGGAACGGUUGUUGAAAGAGGUGGAUGAAAUUCAGAAACAUGCAAUGGUGGAGAGGACAAAAACCCAGGAAUGCAAGGAGGUCGUUAAGAAAAAGAGAGAGCGGAUUGUGACUGAAUUCGGGAAGCUGCACCAGCUGCUGGCCGAGGAGGAGAAACUGCUUCUUCAGAAGCUGGAACAGGAAGAGAAGAUAAUCCUGCAGAGAAUCAACGAAAACCUAACCAAACUUUUAGAGCUGAGAUCCUCUCUGGACAAGCUGAUCCUGGAGAUAAGGGAGAAGUUCCAGCAGUCAGCAGAUGGGUUGCUCAAGGACAUGAAAAGCACCUUGAGCAGGUGUGAAGCUGUGACAUUUCAGGCUCCAGAGGCUUGCUCCGUGGCACUGAAAGAGAAUUACAGCAUCCCGGAGCACUGCCUGGGCAUGAGGAACUUGCUGAAGAAAUUCAAAG